AUGUCCAAGGUUCCCGCUGCUCUCGCCCCCACCGAGGAGGACAUCACCUCGCUCCUUGCCGCUCAGUCCCACCUGGGCACCAAGAACGUCGAGAAGCGCAUGCUCCCCUACGUCUUCAAGCGCCGUGAUGAUGGCAUCCACAUCCUCAACAUCGGCAAGACCUGGGAGAAGAUUGUCUUCGCCGCCCGCAUCAUCGCCGCCAUCGAGAACCCCGCCGAUGUUUGUGUCAUCUCUGCUCGUCCCUACGGUCAGCGUGCCGCUCUGAAGUUCGCCCAGUACACUGGUGCCCAGGCCAUCGCCGGCCGCUUCACCCCCGGUACCUUCACCAACUACAUCACCCGCUCCUUCCGUGAGCCUCGCCUGAUCAUCGUCACCGACCCCCGCACCGAUCAGCAAGCCGUCAAGGAAGCCUCCUACGUCAACAUCCCCGUCAUUGCCCUCUGCGACUCUGACUCUCCCCUCAAGCACGUCGACGUUGCCAUCCCCACCAACAACAAGGGCAAGCACGCCAUCGGUCUUGCCUACUGGCUCCUCGCCCGUGAGGUCCUCCGCAUCCGCGGUGCCCUCCCCCGCGACUCGGCCUGGUCUGUCAUGGUCGAUAUGUUCUUCUUCCGCGAGGCUGAUGAGGCCGAGAAGGAGGCCGAGGCUGCCAAGGAGCUCAAGGAGGCUACUGAGGCUGCCCCUGAGCUCGAGGCCACCGCCACCGAGCCCGCCUACGGCGCCGUUGAGGGUGAGUGGGCUGCCGAUGAGCCCGCUGAGUGGGGUGCCUCUGCUCCCGCCAACUCUGGAUGGGAGGCUUAA